UGAUGCCUCUCUCUUUGUGGCUGAAUAAACAAGAUGGCUCCCGUGCAGGAGAAGAAGCUCUUGGGCGCUGCCGGGGCGCCAGACACCCUUGAAAACACAAUUGAAGAUGAAGAGGGACAGAAUCUAUGGUCCUCCAUUCUGAGCGAAGUAUCCACCCGUUCAUUGUCCAAGCUACCUUCAGGAAAGAACAUCUUGGUUUUUGGAGAAGAUGGCUCAGGAAAAACAACAAUUAUGGCAAAACUCCAAGGAGCUGAACACAACAAAAAUGGGAGGGGACUUGAGUUUUUGUAUUUGAGCGUUCAUGACGAAGACAGAGAUGAUCAGACCCGGUGUAAUGUGUGGAUCCUGGACGGUGACCUCUAUCACAAAGGUUUGCUAAAGUUUGCCGCCUCUGCCGAGUCACUGAUGGACACCCUGGCCGUUUUCGUGGCAGACAUGUCGCGGCCGUGGACUAUCAUGGAGUCGUUACAGAAGUGGGCCAGUGUCCUGCGUGAACACAUUGAUAAACUCAAGAUCCAGCCAGAGGAGAUGAGGCAGCUGGAGCAGGGAUUGGUGAAGCACUUCCAAGAGUAUGUAGAGCCAGAGGAAGCGUCGCAGGGGUCUCCACAGAGACGAGGGCCCCCAGUAUCGGGGACAGAAGAGGAGGAAGUUGUCUUGCCACUCGGAGAGAACGUACUCACGCACAACCUGGGCAUUCCAGUGCUAGUAGUUUGCACAAAGUGUGAUGCUGUCAGCGUGCUGGAAAAGGAACAUGACUACAGAGAGGAGCACUUUGACUUCAUCCAGUCCCACCUCCGACGGUUCUGCUUACAGUAUGGAGCUGCUUUGAUUUACACUUCAGUUAAAGAAGAAAAGAAUCUAGACCUACUUUAUAAAUACAUUGUUCACAAAAUGUAUGAUUUCCAGUUUACCACACCUGCCUUAGUGGUAGAGAAAGAUGCAGUUUUCAUCCCAUCUGGAUGGGACAAUGAGAAGAAAAUAGCUAUCUUGCAUGAAAAUUUCACAACGGUGAAACCUGAAGAUGUUUUUGAAGACUUUAUUGUGAAACCUCCUGUAAGAAAGCUGGUGCAUGAUAAAGAAGUUGCUGCAGAAGAUGAGCAGGUUUUCCUUAUGAAGCAACAGUCCUUGUUAGCCAAGCAGCCUGCCACACCAACAAGAGCAAAUGAAUCUCCGGCAAGAGCUCCAACUGGCUCUCCUCGGCCCUCAAGCCGCUCUGGACCUGCCAACGUAGCCAGUGUCUCUCCAAUGACGGCCGUGAAAAAACCAGAUCCAAAUAUGAAAGGUGCUGCAGCGAACGAAGGUGUGCUGGCUAGCUUCUUCAACAGCUUAUUGAGUAAAAAGACAGGCUCUCCUGGGAGCCCCAGUGCUGGAGGUGUGCAGAGCUCUGCCAAGAAAGCAGGGCAGAAGCCAGUUUUGACUGAUGUACAGGCGGAAUUGGAUAGAAUGACUCGCAAACCAGACUCCAUGUCGGCCAACGACACUUCCCCCACAGAGAAUGAGGACUGAGAGUACCUGCCGCAUUGUCCACUAAAAAAUACGACCAAAUUGUAACUGUAUACAAGUCCAAAACAGACAAGGAUUUUGUCUAAUGGCAGAUGGUUUUUUUUUUUUUUUUUUUUUUUUUUUUUUUCCCUGGAGAGUAUGGCAGGGGGUUAAUGUUUUUAAAAGACCCUAUAUUUAAGGUGUACCAAGUAAUGCAACAUGUGUACUUACUGAAAGGUAGCGAAAUCCUUUGUCUGAAAGCUCUUUCUAUCCUCCAUGACCAGAAAACUGGUGCAGUUUUGUUGGUCCAAUGGCCCUUGUUGAGGAAAACACAUUUAAAAAAAAAAAAAAAAAAAAAAAAAGGAAAACUGGCCUAAAAUAUUUGUUUUUCAUUAAAAUGUUUUAAAGGAAAAGAAAGUUGAAUAUAGUUACACUAUUAAUCUCUAGUAACUUCAUGACACUAAUGUGGCAAACAGAUUGAUGGCAUAUGAGGUUGUGCUGUACUAAAAGAGCAGGUUUCUGUAAAUAUAAUUAAGAUAUUACAACUUAACAUAAGCUUAAUUUUCUUCAGAAUAAAAAACAAUUAACACAAAUCAUGAGCAAUAUAUUAAAGAAAAAAAUGCAUUGUAAUGUUUAUAACGAUUAGAUUGUAUGAAGGACAUUCAGUCUGCUUUUGACAGGAGGAAUCUAUUACCUGCUAUAGCUACAAGUGCCUGGCAAAGUUUACUGUAAGUGUCAUAGUAGGUGAUUGACUCAAAUGUGCACUGUAGUAUAAAUUGUCUUUUUUUAUUUAACUGGAUAUUUUUUCCUUAUUUAUUUUGUUUUGUAUACCAAUCCACUGCAUUUUAUUUUUUUUAUUUUAUAAAAGUUGGCUAUCAUUUUAAUGGCUUUUCAAUUGUCAUUUCUUUUAAAUGUAGUGAAGAGUUAACCAUAAAACAAUUGGAGGAGAUCAUUCACCUGUGAAAGCACUGUUUGAGUGACUGCAGGUUUAGUUUAUGUGGGCUGACCGGGUCUUCAGUUCUUUAGAGUAUUAGCCAGGUAUUCUAGGUUGAGUGGUGAAACAGUUAGCUGGAAUAGAACUAGAUGAAACAUAGCUUGACCUAAUAGGAUUUAGGUCAGUGACAGUGGAAAGAACAGAAUAUUUAGGCCCAUGAAAAUUUGGGAGGUUUAUAUUUUCCUUGUAAAGUAACAUUUGAACUUUUAGUCGUUAUUAAAUAUGUAUUUUUUCAUACAAUUCCGUUGUCUGACAAUUCAUGUAAUGGUAGUGUGCCAUUCGUUUCUAACAUUUGCAUUUUUAGAUGAGUCUGGUGUACAUGCAAAACCUGUCCUUUCAUUUUUUUGGCUAUAGAUUGGUAUCACCAGAGGUGACUACAUUUUUGUCCAGUGUUAAGGUCAAUUAAAACUGGUUAAACAGAAGUUCCCCAUACAACUUUUGGCACUUCUUAAACCUCCCCACUUUCUCACUUGGGUUAGACAGGUGUAAAUCUCAACAUGCGUGAAUCUAACUAACUGUUUUAUUUUUUUGCUAUGGAUUCCAAGUAAUAUGCUUUACUGACACUAUGUAAAAUAUCAGAAUGUUUAGGAUUACAAAAAUAAGCUUGUUGUGAAGGUGUCAGACUGUUUUCUUACCAAUUUCUCUUUGGGUAUAUGUGUGUAUAGGUUGCACAAAACAAAAUCAUGGCAUCUGAAAAAUCACUAUAGGCAAAUUCUCCUUGUAAUGUAACUAGAUGCAAAAAUAGUUAAGUAUUUCACAAACUGCCCUAUGUUGUACAUCCACGCUUGCACAGUCUGGAUUCUUGAGUAAAGCAGCUGAAUGCUAUUCAAUAAAAGGAAAUAGUUCCUUAAAAAUGAUACUUGGAACCUGGAACCAAAGACAUCCGAGUGGAAAUGGCCCGUCGUUUCAUCAAAUAGAAAUUAUCCCUGGUCAAGAUCUGGAGUAGCCAUCAUUCCAUAGCCGAUUUCUAUCUUUACUGAAAUGGCACAUGCAUUUAAUGUAUAAACACUACUAGUGUUGAAUUCACUGUGUAAUAAUGUUGCUCUUAAGGGAAAACCACAAGUCAAGUUGUGCAGAGUCUGCUUUCUGUUGCAUGAACGAUUUUGUUGUACUAAAAGAGAAAUGUCUGGAUCUAUAUUUGCAAAUGUAAGCAGUAAUGUAUACCGCUGAUGCUGGGCAUAACUUAGCCUAAUGUGUAAAAGCUGUUGCUUUAAGUCAAAACACAGUACUCAAGAAAACUAGGAGUAUUAUCUUGCAUUUUAAAUGAGCAGUCUCCUGAUUUGUCAAGCCAGCACUUGUAAUGUUACCCCAUAUAAUUGUUUACAUUUAUUUAAUUUAAUAUUUAUCAAGAAUAUCCUGGCAUUUGCCAAUCUGUGUAUUCAGUCGGAUGUGUAUAAGAGGUUAUUUUGUUAAAACUGACUUUAAUUUGUAACCGAACAAAAACUGGAAUGUGUCUUGUUAAUCAUAUGCUCAUUUCCACAUGUCCCAAGGAAUCCUAGAAAUAUUUGUUCUUUUUUUUUUCCUUUUUCCUAUUCCAAGGGAUCACAUGUUAUAGUUCUAUACGAAGGGGAGGGAGAUUAAGAAAUGAGUUGUCCUGCUGUCCCAUCAUUUUUUAACCCCUUAAUGAGUGGAUGCUCCUAGUUACUCAGUGGUUAAAACUUAAUAUUUUAUUUAUCAGUCCAUAAUGCAUUACCAAAGUCCACCAGCUUUGGAACACUGCACAGUUUGGUUACCGGUGUUUGGAAGCAUUAGAAAUCAAAGUGCAAAAAAAAAAAAUAUAUAUAUAUAUAUUUAAGGCCUUUUAACUUUCCGAGUUAAUUUAGGACAUUUGUCAUUUUAUCUACAGGGUUGUAAUUAUAUAGCAGACAGUAGUUCUGCUUAGCCCUGUAAAUUAUAGAUGCCUAUAAGUUUUAAAUUCAUUUUUUUAUUAUUAUUAUUUAAGAACAGUAUAAUCUUUCCCAGUUAAAGAUGAUUACUAUUAUGAAGAUCUGGCUAUAAUAAAGGAAGCUGUGUAUUUGGCAUAAACAUCAAAUAAAAACAACUUUCAUGCUGCUUGAAUUCAAAUUUGCACUUUUUUUUUUUAAUUGGCACUGUACAAAAUAAUAGACUUUUUGUAUAGAAUUGUAUUUAAGUUAAAAGUGACUGCUCUGUACAUCAUAACCCUAACAAAAUAUACAUGCUUGUAAAAAAACACAAAAAGAUUAAAGAAUACAAAGGAAAGAAAGCUUAGCUUAGUCUUUUUGAUAUAUGUAUAUAUAUGCAGGAUUUUUUUUUCUUUGCUUGUUUUUUUUCUAUUGCGUUUAUGACUGCAAGUGUAACCCUGAACAUAUUAAAAGUCUGAUUUGUAUGGCUUUAACCAGUUUAAGUCAUGUGGAAUCUCGCUUCUAGUGCCGACAAACACGAGAACACGUGACUUAAGUGCUGGCUUCAAUAAACUUCAGAACCGUG